AUGGAAUACAAUUUUAUUAGUAAGGCUACACUUGAUGAUAUAAUUAAUAAAUAUAUAAGUUCUCUACCAGAUUGUCGUCAAGAAAAAGCCUUAGUUAAUAUGAAUCUUUUUAAACAAAUAAAAAAAAUAUUACUUAACCCUUUUGACAAAGAAAUUGACACAAAAACUACACGUGAAUGGGCUAAAAAAUGCUUUAUUCUUGAAGAAAUUACUCCAGGAGACUAUAGAAUUAUCGUUAAAAAAGAUAAUAAACCU